AUGCCGUUUCAAGGAUGUUUCCAAAUCUGCAAAGGAUUGAACUCCGCAGGAAGCAAAAGAAGGGGAGACCUUCUCGCAAAAGUGGCAUCAGUCGAUUUCUCGACCCAAACGUUUCAACCAAAUCCUGCUUAUCCGGUGACUCUGUUACAUGCAGACUUCUGCCCAUUUGCAAAUCGAGCACUUAUUGCGCUUUUGGAGAAGGAAGAAAAUCCCUACGAUCCUGUUCUCUUUGAGAGCGUCCACGUGUGCUAUUUCCUUGGACCUAAGAAAGACCGAGGAACUGGGUGGUUGUAUUCUAUGGGGUUCAAGACAGUCCCAGUAAUCAUUGAUAACACGAUGGGCGGCCAAGCCACGGGAGAGUCGAUGGAUGUUGUGGAAAAGGUCGAUGCAAUGUUUUCCAACGAUCCCUUGAAGCCCGAAAAACAAGAGUCAAAGGAUUACAUGAAUGCUAUGAUCGAAAAGCAUAGUGCUCUCAUUCCGACGAUAUACAAGGUUUUGAUGGAUCAAUCUGUCGAACAGCAAAAGUCUUUCGCAAAAACUCUGAUAGAGCAAAUUUCAGAGAUGAACGAGGACUUGAAGGCGUCAAAAGGUCCCUACUUUUGCGGCGAACAAUUCACAAUGGCUGAUAUUGCAAUAUUUCCAUUUUUCGAACGACUGAUCAUCUUGUUGGGUCACUAUCGUGGAUUUGUCAUUCCAAAGAAAUUGUCUCAUGUCCACACCUGGUACAAGACAAUUCAGCAGCGCCCUUCUGUCAAGGUCACCACCUCUGACCGUAAUGAAGUCAGUAUGAGUACAUACUGUUUUGUGGCGAAGGAACGAAAUAAGUAUCUCGUCGAAGUCUAUGAACCUUAUGCCUAUAACGAAGGGGAUCUUGCAAAGAAGAUUGGAGCCGAAUCGUCAUUGCCAGGUAUAAACGCAUACAGCGAGUAUAAGAAGAAAGAAGCGGUGGGGAAAGCUUGA